AUGGGUUUCGUCGGUGUGUAUAAGGCGCUCUACGACUAUGCGCCUCAGUCGGAGGGCGAGCUGGCCAUCACCGAGGGCAGCCUGCUCUAUGUCCUCGACAAGGAUGGCGGCGAUGGUUGGUGGAAAGCCAAGAAAAAGGCCGCCGGCGAUGACGAAGACGAGCCAGAAGGCUUGAUUCCAGAAAAUUACGUCGAGGAGGCACAACCGAUUCGCCAUGCACGCGCCCUGUACGAAUAUACAAGACAGACCGACGAGGAGCUGUCGUUCCCAGAGGACGCCCAGCUGGCAAUCUACGACACCUCCGAUCCCGACUGGAUUCUUGCCGGGUACGACAACGACUACGGCUUUGCGCCUGCCAACUACAUCGAUAUGGAUGGGACCAGCGCGGCCGCUGCAGAUGCCGAGGACGGUGAGCCCGACGCUGAGGGGCCUCCUCCUGUGCUCCCGUCAAGACAGGCCACGAUCAAUGACGACGACAACACGCCAAGCCCACGCCUUCCUCCCCGUGGCGCUCCUUCCAACGAGCCGAGCAGCCCCAACGCCAAUUCAGCUGCCGCCGCCGCACUCGCCAAUGUCCUGGCUGGCCGCUCUGCUGCGCAACGGCCGGCGACACCUCCCCCUUCGCUGCCAGACCGUCCUCGCUACCUCUCAGACGACGCCUCAGAAGGAGAGGAUCCACUUUCGCCACCACUGCCGACACGACCGCGGCCCCAAGCUACCUUUGACGACGACGAGCCAUCACCAUCUCUGCCGCAACGGAGCAAGAGCAAUGUGUACGGCGGCAACAGGGCUGCUGACAGUAGCAGAAGCGGCGGUUACGAUGACGAGGAGUCGCAUGCCCCGAACGCCCUGAGCCCGGGCGGUUUCCACCUGUACAACAUUUCCGAGAUGGUGUCCGUCAUGGGCAAGCGAAAGAAGAUGCCCACGACGCUCGGCAUCAACCUCAAGACUGGUGUUAUUCUGAUCGCACCAGAACGGUCGCAGGACGGCCCCUCGCAGGAAUGGUCUGCUGAUAAGAUGACGCACUAUUCGCGGGAGGGCAAGCACGUGUUUAUGGAACUCGUCAAGCCCAGCAAGAGCGUCGAUUUCCACGCCGGCGCCAAGGACACGGCUGAGGAGAUUGUCAGUGCGCUCGGCGAGCUUGCCGGUGCCGUUCGCGCCGAGGGCCUGCGCGAGGUCAUCCUCGCAGGCACCGGCCACGAGCUGAAGAAGGCCGUGGUUCUGUACGACUUUAUGGCCCAGGGCGACGAUGAGGUUACGGUAGCCACCGGUGAUGAGGUCAUUGUCCUCGACGACCGUCGCAGUGAGGAAUGGUGCCAGGUGCGCCGUGUUAAGAACGGCAAAGAAGGCGUCGUGCCCCUGAGCUACGUCGAGGUCACAGGCAGUAUUACAUCCGACAUUCCCCCGCAGCCGAUAUCCGGCCACCAGUCGCCCACGCCGAGCUCGCCCACUACGAACACGGCCCCAGCCAUCUCGACCUCUAUGGCAACCAUCGGUGCCAGGUCCACGGUGAAGCAGAACCGCCUGGACGAAGAGCGCCUGACGCGCGACGCCGUGCGCGCUGCGGUGCGCGACGAGUCAAAACGAGCAAACGAGGGGCAGCGCAAGAAAGAGAAUGGCAACGGCAGUAGCUCCCGCUCGGGCAAGGCCAAACCCGAUGCGUCCAAAGUAAGGACCUGGACCGACCGCACCAAAUCAUUCAGCGUUGAUGCGCAGUUCCUAGGUCUCAAGGACGGCAAGAUCAACUUGCACAAGAUGAACGGUGUCAAGAUUGCCGUGCCCGUGGCCAAGAUGUCAUUGGAGGACCUCGAGUACGUCGAGGCUGUGACGGGCGUUUCCCUAGACGAAGACAAGCCGCUCUCGAGCAUGAAGCGCAGGUCCCAGAUCCAGCAACAGCACGACGAGUCGCAAAACUCGUCCGGCACCAAGGUCGGCGCCUCCAUCGAGCCCAAAAAGUCCGACUACGACUGGUUCCAGUUCUUCCUCACGUGCGAAGUCGCCGUUGGCUUGUGCGAAAGGUAUGCACAGGCCUUUGUCAAAGACAACAUGGACGAGAGCGUCCUGCCGGACAUUAAUGCCAGCAACCUCCGGACUCUCGGCCUCCGCGAAGGAGAUAUCAUCAAGGUGAUGCGGUUCCUGGACAACAAGUACGGCCGCUCGAAGAAGGGUGGUGACGACGGUGCCGAUGGCGGCGGUCUUUUCUCGGGCCCAGGUGGCACCCUGCGAAACAACACGCGCCGUGGCCGGCCGACGCCCACGACUCAGGCGAAUGACGUUGUCGAUGCCAAGGCCUUCUCACAGCAAAAGUCGGGUGACGCCAGCAAUUCUACAAAUGGCAACCGUGUUGCAUCACCGGUGGAACAAACCCCUGCAGAGAGAACUGCGCCGCCCCCGAAGCAGGCAUCUGCAUCCAGUGGUGGCGGGUUCGAUGAUGACGCAUGGGAUGUAAAGCCCUCCCGGCAGCCUGCUCCUGCUGCGACACCAGAGCCUCCGACUGCCCAGCAUGCUCCUGAACCCGCUCCACCGCCGCCUGUUGCAAAGCCCACUGCUGCCCUGACUGGCUCGAUGCAAGAGCUGUCCCUUCUGUCGCAGGCCCUGCCGGCGGAGAAGCUCAACCCCAACCCUCCACCCCCUAUCACGCUUCCUGCACAAGCAACACCCGCAGUGUCGCUGCCUCCUGUUCAGCAGCAGCCACCGCCGCAAAUGCCGGGCGCUUCUCCCGCAAUGUUCGCCGGCCUGGCCCAGCAGCAGACCGGCAUCCAGGGAAUGAACGGGCUCCAGCCGCAGCAGACGGCUGCUUCUUUUGCUAGGGCGCGGCCCAUGGCCCCGCAAUACACCCAGGGCCAGGGCGGUCUGCUCCCUCCUCCUCCCUCACGCCCGCUUUCGGCGCCGCAGUCUGCCCAGCCCAGCGCAUUCAGCCCACCCCCGCUGCAGCCCCACAUGACAGGCAUGGUCACUGGCCAGGUGGCACCGGCGGGCCAGAGCCUCAACGACAUCAACCAGGCACGGAUGCAGCAGCAAUACCAGCAGCAGAUGCAGCAGAUGAUGGCACAGCAGCAGCCCCAGGGUAUGAUGCCCAUGAUGACGGGCAUGCCCGCGCAGCACCAACCGCAGCCGACCGGAUUUGGCAUGGCCGGCCAACAAUUUAUGCCACAGCAGCAGAACCAAUUCGGCCAGCCUGUGCAAAUGCAACCCACCGGCUUCGGCGGGCCCUUCAACCCCGGCCAACAACAGUUCGGCAUGGCCCCGCCACAGGGAGGCAACAUCAACUCGAUGCUGCCGCCGGCUCUGGAACCCCAGCGCACUGCCAUGCCUGUGCCGCCGGCGCAGCAGCAGCAGCCCAUGCAGCCUCAGCCAACCGGCCCCUUCACGCAGGGCUUCGGCAACCACGGCAUGGCUCCCACCCCGGCACCCCUUUUGCCUCAGCAGACGGGUCCCCCGCCCCCUGUCCGUUUCGGUGUGACGGAGGAGACGAAGAAGCUGAUGCCCCAGGCCACGGGCCGGCGCGCGAACCUCUCGGCAGCGACUCCGGACAACCCGUUUGGUUUCUAA